UCUUGAUUUUCCAGCCCCAAUCUGUUUGUUUCCCAAGAAAAUUCUCAAGAAAAUUUAACCCAACAUGGGAAACAGCGGGAGCAGAAACAACGGCGGCCGCCGGAGACACGGCUCCCGCCAAAACCACCCUGCUCCGCCUCCUCCGGCCCCACCUCAGCCCGAAAUCUCUCAAAACCGCUACGUAUUCGCAGCGGCGACUCCGUACCCGUCUCAGUACCCCAACCCCAACCAGCCCCAGUACCCCAACCCCAACCCCAACCCCAACCCGUCCCAGUACUACCAGUACCCGGGUUACUACCCGCCGCCGCCCAUGCCGGUGCCUCUGCCCGCUCCGUACGAUCACCACCAUCGCGUACCCCAUCCUCACGUGGACACGGUGCAUCCGAAUUGGGCCGGCGGGCGGUACCGGGUAAUGCAGGCUCCGACGCCAUACGUGGAGCACCAGAAGGCGGUUACUAUAAGGAACGAUGUGAAUCUGAAGAAGGAGACUCUGAAGGUCGAGCCCGAUGAGGAAAACCCUGGAAGCUUCCUCGUGUCUUUUAUUUUCGACGCCACGGUUGCAGGGAGCAUCACCAUUAUCUUCUUUGCAAAAGAAGGCGAGGAUUGUAACCUGACACCAAUGAAGUUUAACCUUCAUCCACCUGUGACGGUACAUUUUGAACAAGGUCUGGGCCAGAAGUUCAGGCAGCCUUCUGGAACUGGAAUUAACUUCUCAAUGUUUGAGGAUGCUGAGUUACUGAAAGUAGCUGACUUGGAUAUCUAUCCUAUAGCUGUGAAGGCCGAGGCAUCCCCUCCUGCCCAUGAUGGAUCAGAGGGAAGCCCCGCGUCUGUAACAACAAACUCCCAGAUAACUCAGGCUAUAUUUGAGAGGGAGAAAGGUGAAUUCCAAGUUAGGGUUGUCAAACAGAUUCUUUGGGUGAAUGGGAUGAGGUAUGAACUACAGGAGAUAUAUGGCAUUGGUAAUUCAGUUGAAGGUGAAGUGGACGGGAAUGACCCCGGAAAAGAAUGUGUAAUUUGCCUGUCUGAACCACGGGACACAACUGUUCUUCCAUGCAGACACAUGUGCAUGUGCAGUGGGUGUGCCAAGGUCUUGAGAUUCCAAACAAACCGAUGCCCAAUUUGCCGGCAACCAGUUGAGAGGCUUUUGGAGAUAAAGGUCAACAAUGGCCCUGAGGAAUGAGAGGAUGUGUUCUGCCACUAGCAUUCUGUAAGUUAAUGGCACCCCACCCCACCCCGCCCGGCCCUCUUUCUCCACUUUCCUUCUGCACUUGCUUUUUUGUCCCUCACUUCGGUGUUCAAUGAAUUGAAGAGGCAAAUUAUAUGCUGUACGAUGUGCAACAUGCUGUGUUGCACCAGUGGUAUGUAACGAUGCUCUUUACACGCAUGCUGAGUGUUCAGUGGCAAUUCUUAACCAUACAUGUUCGGCAUUUGAAUUGGUUGUACCGUUGUAGGUCAAUCUACAAUUUGCUUCUACCUGUUGUAAUUAUUUGUUUCAAGAAAGAAUAAUGUAGAGAUAAUCAGGUAUUUUUCCAUGAACGUUCCAGUUCCGAUGAA